AUGUCCGGCGUGUCGCAGAGAUCCGUCAGCGACAGCCGUCCAGGCUUGCACGGCUCGCAAUCCUUUAUCCGCAUGCCAGCGUCUCCGUCAGCAACAUCACCUCGAAAGAGAGCGAGCACGCUGCAGGAAGCAGGUAUACCAGCCAUACCGGAAGCGAGGCAUAUUGACGGAUCACCCGAGGUGGCGGGAAAGAGGGCCGAUGUCUUUGAGAACCAUGAUGAUGAAGAGGAGCAUGUGCCCUCUGGCGCAGUGACGCCCAACCCGGAACUGAAGAUCCCAAGCACCUUUGACGAUCUUCCCAUAGAGAUCAAGAGUUUGAGCGAGCGCUUUCUCGAGAGUCUGUCCGCAAAGGUGCAUGCUCAGCCUCUUGCAGCAGAUGCGCUCUCUGAGCUAUUCCAGGACUUCUACGAACGUGCUGCAUCGCACAUUGCGACACAUAUUGCUUCCCUAGCAUCCCGUAUUGGACGAGACAAGGGCUCAAGCACGCCGUCCAAGCCGAGUGGACGGGCGAGAGCUGGUUCUGGUGCGAAGCGUGUCGAUGAUGGCUCAGUAAGUGGUGGUGAGAUGCUCACGGCCUCCGAAGUCGCCUACAGAAAGAAGGCUAGGCGUCUGCUUGAGCUCAAGCGAAUAGCUUUGGAAGAGGCAGUGGAGCGCGGCGUGUGUGAGAAGGUAUACGAUCGCAUCUUCAAGCACCGGAGCACGGACGACGAGGCACGAGACGAGAAGCUACGUUCACGGACGGCUGCGUUAUCCGUGGUUGGGAUCGGCCUGAAAGAGCUACACACGGAUUCUGACCCUGCGAAAGCGGAGGUGCGGAAGACCGCAGCGGAGAAGGAGGAAGACAUCUCCCAAUCACUAGCUAGUGCUCGGGAAGCAUUGCAGCGCAUGGACGACGAGCAUUAUCCGGCUGGCAAACUGCGACAUCUCACGGAUGCGCACAAAAGCAUUGUGGAGACCCUUUCGGAACUCUUUCCAUCAUCAUCCUCUGCUGACGAGAUUCUGCCCACACUGAUUUACACGCUAAUAACAUCGCCGCCUGAGGGCAUCAGUGUUGUCAGCAACCUUAACUUCAUUCAACGGUUCCGUGCCCAGAGCAAGGUCGAUGGCGAAGCUGCUUACUGUCUGGUCAAUCUUGAGGCCGCCAUCUCAUUCCUGGAAACGGUUGAUCUCUCAUCACUCCGGGCCGAUGAACUGCCAGAGGGACCGGCAAAGUCGAGCAGCCGGCCCUCGACACCUACCUCUGAGAGGUCUCCGCCAACUCACCUAAGCGCUGCUCGGGCUCUCAAGCCCACCGUAGCGCCAAUUACAGCCACUUCGCCUGAGCUCAGCAGCAGCUCCAGCGACCCUGCACAGGCUCUUCCAUCUCCACGUACGCCGACGCCAAUGACCAAUCGACCAGCGAUGCAUCAACGUCGGUUGUCGAACUUGGUGCAAGCGCAAGCCGACAGACUCGAGGCCGGGCGUGAGAACUUUCUCAACGCGGCAGACAAGAUCUACGAUAGCAUCAACGGCACGCUUGAGAAUAGUCUACAAUUCGUCUUUGGCCGCUUCAAAGAGCAAGCCACAGGCGACUCGCCUCUACCUAAGACGCUUGAGGAAGCUCGCAAGCUGGUCAGCUCGCCAAGUUUGGAGGAGCAAGACGAAUCAUUGAACAUCAGUGGUCGCAGCAGUCCUGCACUAGACGAUCCGACAAGCACAACAAGCAAGAUCGACAACAAGAUGCUUGAAAUUCUCGGAGGCCGGAAACCGCCUUUGCGUGACCGGAGCGUAGAUAGUACCCGGUCAGCCGGUAGCGGGAAGCGCGUUGCUUUCAGCGACGUUGCCGCAAAGGAGAAGCCCAAGGAAGAUUCUGCGGCAGCAGCGUCCACCAGCGCGAACAUACUCAAUGCCAUCAACCCAUUGAACCGCUUCGGCGUACCCGGCUUUCCACGUUUCGGGCGUGGCGCGGGCAAUAUCUCGGCGCAGCCUUCCCCGACCGUAGAGAAGCCGAACAAGCUCGACAACAUCGUUGAGCGGCCUUCAAUGGACGAUGCGGCCGAGGCAUUCCCGAAUCUAGAAAAGCAGAGGACGAAGGAGAGUAUUGUUUCUACAACAGGCGAUGACCUAAACGCUAGGGAAGCCCUAGCGGAGUUGAGAAAGAUCAAACCGCCAAAGAAGAGGUUCCUCGCAGUGUCAAGUGCCAGUGACUUGAGACUGGGGGAAGUGGAAGAGCUGUUGAUGGAGUACAGACGGCUUGCUAAGGCGAUAGGAGAGGCUGUUGCAGUGUGA